AUGCAGCAGGUGGAGGGGAGAUGGAGGUCCCUCAGGCAGUGGCUGCAGUCAGGUCCGUAGAGCUGCUGUCCGACUUCGUACAGUGGUACCUCGGGUUACAGAUGCUUCAGGUUACAGACGCUUCAGGUUACAGACUCUGCUAACCCAGAAAUAGUACUUCAGGUUAAGAACUUUGCUUCAGGAUGAGAACAGAAAUCGUGCUCCGGUGGCGCAGCGGCAGCAGGAGGCCCCCAUUAGCUAAAGUGGUGCUUCAGGUUAAGAACAGUUUCAGGUUAAGAACGGAUCUUUGGAACGAAUUAAGUUCUUAACCCAAGGUACCGCUGUAUUUUAUUUGCCCUUCACCCAAGAUCCCCUUGCGCGCGCUCUCUCUCUCUCUCUCUCUUUCUCAUGUACUCUGCUCAACUCUGUCUUCCUCUUUGUGCCCACCUCAGGCACGUUCCCUGCCCAAGGCUCCGAACUGCUCAGCCGGCUGGAUCGAGGGGAAGACGCUUGGGUCCCAGAUCUCCAGAGCUCUGAGGAGAGUGCAGAGGAAGGCCCGGUGAAACCGACGCUGAAGCGAUGGCCGAAGGCAGGGAUGUGGUGGGAUCUGUACAGAAGCCCGGUGAAAUACAACAGUACAUCCGAAAGCUCAGGUCAGGAUUGUCUAGAGCAGGGGUAGGCAACCUAAGGCCCAGGGGCCGGAUGUGGCCCAAUCCCCUUCUCAAUCUGGCCCGCGGACGGUCCAGUAAUCAGCGUGUUUUUACAUGAGUAGAAUGUGUGCUUUUAUUUAAAAGGCAUCUCUGGGUUAUUUGUGGGGCAUAGGAAUUCAUUCACCACCCCCCAAUAUAGUCCGGCCCACCAGAUGGUCUGAGGGAUGGUGGACUGGCCCACGGCUGAAAAAGGUUGCUGACCCCUGGUGUAGGGAAGCCCUUUGUUUAGACAGCUCCUAUGGAACACCAUAGAAUCCCAGAACUGUCAAUUUGGAAGGGGACCCCGAGGGUCAUCCAGUCUGACCCCUGCAAUGCAGGAAUCUCAGCUAAAGCAUCCAUGGCAGACGGCCACCCGACCUCUGCUUAAAAACCUCCAAGGAAGGGGAGGCCACCACCAUUUGGCCAUGCUCCAAAUCCCACCAUUUCUUCCUAAGGGGGCAUGGAUGGAUUUUAUUAUUUCAACUUAUUAUCCAGCCUUCCUGGGGCAUGUUACAACCAUUUAAGCACCAUGUUGAUGGAAACAGUUUAAAGCAAUGUACAACCAUGAAAAUAUGGCGAGUCCUAAAGAGGCACUUCUCUUGCGUCCCAUGCCAGAUUUACAUAUAAGCUAAACAAGCUAUAGCUUAGGGCCCCACUCUCUUGGGCCCCCCCAAAAAAAUUAAAGGGGGAAAAAACUGGAUGUACAUUUCCAAAAUAUAAGAUAAAAAACAAAUAAAAGAAAACCUACAUACAGCAACAGUGUUUUGUGUUGCGUAGGCUCCUAUGAUGUAAGUAAUGGGCCCCACAUGCUAGCCUGCUCCCUAAAAUAUCACUGGUUUGCUCAUUUCUAUAUAUAGGGUGCCUACAUUCUGCAUGGACUGGUUGCAUGGCAACAUGUACAAAUGGUUUUAGAUACCUAUUAGGUCUAUAAAUUAACCAAUAGCACAUAUUCAACACAAAAAACAGUGACAAUUUGUUGUUGACAAAGGAGAGCUGGACAUAUAAAGGGCCCCAUUACCUUCAGUAGCUUAGGGCCUCAUCAAACCUAUAUUCGGCCCUGGGCCGGAGGGGGCAGGACUUUGUCCUAUCCACUUUCUCCCAACCAUGCAUCAUUUUUAUAAACUUUUUCCAGAUAGAUUAUGGUAAUUCUUAGUCUAUGUUCCUGUGUCCUUGUUUGUUUUUCAAGUAUCCCACUUGCUCAUUCUGUUAACAUAAACAUUACUGCUGGCACGGUGGGGCUUCCUCCCUUUCCUUGACCUGCAUGUGCUCCUUCCCAAGUCUACUCUGGAGUGUUUGGGGGGCCCCGGUACCCCUAGAACAGACAUAGGGGACAUGCGGGGAGGGGAAGGGGAUUUCCUGCUAGCGGAAAUCCUUGUGCCCUGUCUUAAUAUCACAUUGAAUGCAACUCACUGGAUCUGGCAGGGCUACUCUCAAAUAAGUAUACUGAGGAUUUUUAUUUUUUAUUUUUCGUGCAAGAGACCAAUACAGAUACUGUUUUGGAUAGCAAGUGAAAGUAAUUCCUUUCUGUACAAACAUGCACAUAUUCAUUAAUUAAUUGCAUUUAUAUACCACCUUUAUCUUCCAAGGAGCUCAUGGUUCCCUUCCCCGUUUUAUCCUCACAAUAACCCUGUGAGGUUGGGUUAGGCUAAGAGAUGGUGACUGGCCCAAGGUCAUCCAGCGAGCUUCCUGACUGACUGGGGAUUCGAACCCUGCUCUCCCAGGUCAUAGCCCAACACUCUAACCAUUAUGCCACACUGCCAUAUGUUUCGCAACAUACCCGUUUGUUCUCAGACAUCUGCUUCUUCUCCUCCCCAAAGAAGAAAGCAAAAUUAAAAAAUAUUUUCACCAAAUAAAAUAUUGCCUUUUCUGCAAAUUACAUAGAAAGAAGGGAAGAAGCAUUUUAAAGGCCAGGAAGAAUAAGUCAGAAAUGGAGGGAGGAAAGAACUCUUGAUUGGAUGGAGUAAAGAGCAGUUUUAGAGAUUUUUCAGGCCUCCUGCCUGCGGGUAAAGGAAGUAAAUAGCAAGUGUUUUCUCCCCACUCCCCUUACUAGAACAUAGUGUGUUUAUCCGUGGGACCCCCAACGGAAUUGGUUGUCAUCGAGACGCACAAAAUUAUUUCACGCAGUGCAUAAUUUGUGAAAUUGACUGCCAUGAGAUGUGGCGGCAGCUGUUGGCCUGGCUGGCUUUUUCUCUGCUCUCAUAACGAUCCCAUUUUUGUAUAUCCUUCUCCCUUCUGUUCCCUGCAGAGGAUGAGCAGGAAAGUGAAGCUGAAGAACAGAAACGGCCACGUGGAGGUCGCAAGCUGACGAUCCUUCGUAGAAGCAUACUGGAUAUCUUCAAGGGGAAUGGAUGCCAGGGCGUGAAGCAAACGGAAGCCUCCAAGAAGAGGCCUCAGCCGAAGAAGCCCCCGCGAGCCCAGCUGGGGAAAAUAAAGUGUAGCGUGACAGAAGUCGGCGACGUUGCUCCAUACACAGCCAAAAAGAAGGCUUCUAGACGGGAGCCUCAGAGGACCUGCCCGGACUGCGGCCAGGCCUUCAAAACAAAAGCAUCCCUCCUCAGUCACCAGAAAACUCAUUCUGGCGAGUGCCCCUAUAAAUGUUCUUCCUGUGGGGAAAGGUUCACAGCCAAAAAGGCCUUUGCCAGUCACCAGAGAGGCCACGCAGAAGAAAGGGGUUAUAAACACCCCAGCCCAAGGAAGCACCCAAAGGCCUACUUGCGAGAAAGGCCUUUUAAAUGCUCCGAGUGUGGGAUGUGCUUCCAGCGGAAGCGCACCCUGACAGCGCACCUGAAUAGCCAUGCGGCAGAGCGGCCCUAUCGAUGCCCCGAAUGUGAGAAAGCCUUCACCCGAAAGGAGCACCUUGACAGACACCAGAAAAUCCAUGCGAGGGAGAAGGAGGGCAGCCCUCCCAAGGGAGAGAGAGAAGAGAGGGCGGCCAUUUUUCCUGAGAAGAGACCUCCUGCAGCCUCUGAGGGAACUUUCUUAUCGGGCCUUGGCACUGAUAGACAGCAGGGGACGCCCCAAAAUCUCUACAAGUGCCAGUUUUGUGGGAGAUGUAUGCGGACCAAAAGUUUGCUCGUUGAUCACGAGAGAAUCCACAGGGAAGAGAUGCCCUACAAAUGUUCCCAGUGUCAGAAAAGCUUCCUUCAUAAGUACAGUUUUCUCCAGCAUGAGGCGACCCACUGGAGGAAGGCAGCCUGCGAGCGCCCCGUGAGAAUGAACGCCAACUAUACCCCCUCUCCUUCCAGAAUCUUCCACACGGCAGAAAAUCUCUCUGCAGUCCUGACGGACGGGGGGAAAGUCACAAAUGCUUUUAACCUUUCCCAGCACCCAAGAACUCCAGGCGGGGAACGGGUCUAUAAAUGCCAGUACUGUGGGAAAUGCCUGAGUGGAAGUGGUCCGCUCACCAACCACAAAAAACUCCACAGAAGAGGGAGAUCCUAUAAAUGCCCCUACUGUGUGAAACGUUUCUCUCGAAAGGACAACCUUCUCCAACACAAGGCAACCCACAAAAAACAAAAACCUGUCGGAAGGCCCAGGUUGAAGAGUAGCCUCUCUGUAUCUGAAAGAAUCCACACAGAACUGCAGCCCCAUACAGACCUGAGGGACGGCGUUGUCACGCGCAGCGUUGCUCGUAGCUUAAGCUUUUCCAAGCACCUAAAAACCUACACGGAGGGCAAAGUCUACAAAUGCCAGUAUUGCGGGGAGCACACAAGAACAAAAAGUUUGCUCGUCGAUCACGAGAGAAUCCACAGGAGAAAAAAGAAGCCUUACCAAUGUUUGGAGUGUGGAAAAAGCUUCUAUCAGAAGAACUACCUUGCUUCCCACCAGAGAGGCCAUGUGAGGAAAAAGCUCUCCAAACGCUCAAACGCUGACCGAAAAGUGACCACAGACAAUCCCCGCUCCCUGAAGCGUGGGAAUCCUCACAGAAGGAAAGCACCAUGGCGAUGCUUUAAAUGUGGGAAACGCUUUGAUUACAAAUAUCACCUCACCAGGCAUCAAAAGACCCACUUGGCAGAAAAGCCCUUCAAAUGUGUGUGUGGGAAAGGGUUUGUUGAGAUGUGGCAUCUGAAGAGACAUGAAAAAACCCAGCUGAACAAGAAAUGCCAUAAAAAGCUCCUCAGGGCUGAGGGGAAAGGUGCCAUUUUGAAUUCUGCAAAUGGCGUCCACCCUGAGGAGAAGAAUCAGGGAGAGCUACCCGUAAACACUGAGCCACCGACAGCAUCAAGCACAGUAGAAAGAAACAUUUUACAGGACACUGAGGAAGAAAACACACAGUCUCUGGCGUUGGCAGAAGCAUCUGACAUGGAAAUUCUGGAUGUUUCUGAGCAGGGAGGAACGCAUGUUCAGGUGCAAGUGGAAUUAUCCGAACAAUCCCAGCAAAACUCCUUACACAACUGCAGAGAAGAGAACGUCUCUGUCAGCCAGCCAGUGGAAUCUAAGAGAAAGCUAUCAGGAAAAGACCGUGUUAUUGUGCGUUACAUGCAAGACGACCACAGCAAAGGCCAGCAGGUUCAUCAAAGACACUGUUCCAAAAGGGCCCGCCUCCAGGGUAACAAGCAGAAAACAGCCUGUGUCAAGUGGCAGUUGAGAUCACAGACCAUGAUGUUAAGGAGGAGAUCUAAGCAAAAGGUGCAGCUAGUUGGUAAGCAGGCCAGAUCCUGCUUCUGUCAGCAGGAAGGGAGAAGAAGGAAACCCAGCCUCCUGCAGGCCUGCAAGAAGGUAAAAACCUGCAGUGGCCCUCAAAGUAACCAAGACACAGCUGCUUCCUCCAGUUUGCUCAGAAGUUCCCCAAAGGGCUGCGAACCAGCAGAGCACAGCUUCUGCUUGCCAUCCCAGACAAUGUUCUCCACAAAAUCCGAACCAGAGACUAUCAGAAGUGCUGCACUAGAGAUGUUGGCCAUUGCUGCAUUGAAGAAGGGGCCAAGGGAAGGGCUGGAAAGGGAAUCCAAAGGCAACUCGGAAACUGGGAGUUGCACGUCAGGAGAAUAUAAUGCUGUUGCCAUCAGAGGGGAAGAAGACACAGCUGCUUCCCCCAAUGGCAACUCAGACUCUGGGAGUAGCACGGCAGUAAACUACGAUGCCCGUGAUAUCGGUGGGCAAGAAGACCUGCCGGAGUUGUCACCCUUGCCUGAAAGAAGCCCUUUGCAGAGUUGCGAAAGAACCCAAGCUGCAGAUGAACUCCAGAAUGCGUCUCUUCAGAACAUGGAGAUGUGGCCAAGAUGGAACCCCAGCUCCCCAGAGGCCUGCAAGGAGGUAGAAACUUGCAGCAGCCCUCAAAAGAAGCAACACACAGCUGCUUCCCCCAAAGGCAACUCAGACUCUGGGAGUUGCACGUCAGGAGAAUAUGAUGCUGUUUCCAUCGGUGGGCAAGAAGACCUGCAGGAGUUGUCACCCUUGCCUGAAAGAAGCCCCUUGCAGAGUUGUGAAAGAGCUCAACCUGCAGAUGAACUCCAGAAUGCGUCUCUUCAGAAGAUGGAGAUGUGGCCAAGAUGGAAACGCAGCUCCCCAGAGGCCUGCAAGGAGGUAGAAACUUGCAGCAGCCCUCAAAAGAAGCAACACACAGCUGCUUCCCCCAAAGGCAACUCAGACUCUGGGAGUUGCACGUCAGGAGAAUAUGAUGCUGUUUCCAUCGGUGGGCAAGAAGACCUGCCACCAUUGUCACCCUUGCCUGAAAGAAGCCCUCUGCAGAGUUGUAAAAGAGCCCAACCUACAGAUGAACUCCAGAAUGCGUCUCUUCAGAACAUGGAGAUGUGCCCAAGAUGGAACCCCAGCUCCCCAGAGGCCUGCAAGGAGGUAGAAACUUGCUGUGGCCCUCAAAGGAACCAACACACAGCUGCUUCCCCCAUAGGCAACUCGGAAACUGGGAGUUGCACAUCAGGAGAAUAUGAUGCUGUUUCCAUCGGUGGGCAAGAAGACCUGCCGGAGUUGUCACCAUUGCCUGAAAGAAGCCCUUUGCAGAGUUGCGAAAGAGCCCAACCUGCAGAUGAACUCCAGAAUGCGUCUCUUCAGAACAUGGAGAUGUGGCCAAGAUGGAACCCCAGCUCCCCAGAGGCCUGCAAGGAGGUAGAAACUUGCUGUGGCCCUCAAAGGAACCAACACACAGCUACAUCCUCCACUUUGCUCAGAGGCUCCCCAAAGGGCUGUGAACCAGCAGAACUGAGCUUCUGCCUGCCAUCCCAGACAAUGUUCUCCACAAAAUCCGAACCAGAGACUAUCAGAAGUGCCACACUAGAGAUGUUGACCACUGCUGCAUUGAAGAAGGGGCCAAGGGAAGGGCUGGAAAGGGAAUCCGAAGGCAACUCAGAAACUGGGAGUUGCACGUCAGGAGAAUAUGAUGCUGUUUCCAUCAGAGGGGAAGAAGACACAGCUGCUUCCCCCAAAUGCAACUCAGACUCUGGGAGUAGCACGGCAGUAAACUACGAUGCCCGUGAUAUCGGUGGGCAAGAAGACCUGCCGGAGUGGUCACCCUUGCCUGAAAGAAGCCCUUUGCAGAGUUGCGAAAGAACCCAAGCUGCAGAUGAACUCCAGAAUGCGUCUCUUCAGAACAUGGAGAUGUGGCCAAGAUGGAACCCCAGCUCCCCAGAGGCCUGCAAGGAGGUAGAAACUUUCAGCGGCCCUCAAAGGAACCAACACACAGCUGCUUCCCCCAUAGGCAACUCAGAAACUGGGAGUUGCAAGUCAGGAGAAUAUGAUGCUGUUUCCAUCGGUGGGCAAGAAGACCUGCCACCAUUGUCACCCUUGCCUGAAAGAAGCCCUCUGCAGAGUUGUGAAAGAGCCCAAGCUGCAGAUGAACUCCAGAAUGCGUCUCUUCAGAACAUGGAGAUGUGGCCAAGAUGGAACCCCAGCUCCCCAGAGGCCUGCAAGGAGGUAGAAACUUGCAGCGGCCCUCAAAGGAACCAACACACAGCUACAUCCUUCAGUUUGCUCAGAGGUUCCCCAAAGGACUGUGAACCAGGAGAAUGGAGCUUCUGCUUGCCACCCCAGGCAACGUUCUCCACAAAAUCCGAACCGGAGAAUAUCAGAAGUGCUGCACUAGAGAUGUUGACCACUGCUGCAUUGAAGAAGGGGCCAAGGGAAGGGCUGGAAAUGGAAUCCGAAGGCAACUCAGAAACUGGGAGUUGCACGUCAGGAGAAUAUGAUGUUGUUGUCCAUCGGUGGGCAAGAAGACCUGCCACGAGUUGUCACCCUUGCCUGGAAGAAGCCCUGUGCAGAGUUGUGAAAGAGCCCAAGCUGCAGAUGAACUCCAGAAUGCAUCUCUUCAGAACAUGGAGAUGUGGCCAAGAUGGAACCCCAGCUCCCCAGAGGCCUGCAAGGAGGUAG